CGAUGUUUCUGCUCUUCAUAUGGCGCGAUCAAACGUUUGGUUUUACUUUACUGCGAAUUUAUUUGAAUGAAAGCUGUAUUAACAUGUUUUCGCCCUGUCUUCGCUUCACACAGAAGAUACUGCGCUAGUCCCGGCCAGGCCAUGAAGUACCUGAACGUGGCGGAGAAGAACGACGCCGCCAAAACGAUUGCUGGCUUGCUGUCCAAUGGCGCCGCGCGAAGGCGCGAAGGCUACUCGGUGUACAACAAGGUGUUCGACUUCGAGGCACCUGUUCGCGGUCAGAAUGCCAAAAUGGUUAUGACUUCCGUAUCCGGCCACCUGAUGCAGCUGGCAUUCCAGGUGUCGUACAAAAAUUGGAAAACGGUGGAUCCGCGCUCUUUAUUCGACGCGCCUGUGAAGAAGGGCGUGAGCUCAGAUUAUGAACCCAUCAAAAGGACCUUGGAGCGCGAGGUCCGCGGCUGCCAGGGAUUAAUUGUCUGGACGGAUUGCGAUCGCGAGGGCGAGAACAUUGGUUACGAGAUAAUUGACGUGUGUCGCGCUAUCAAACCGAAUAUUUCGGUUUAUCGUGCCACUUUCUCGGAGAUUACCUCUGUGGCGGUGCGUCGGGCUUUGCAGCAACUGGGUCAGCCGGACAAAAGGCAGAGCGAUGCAGUGGACGUGCGCACGGAACUGGAUUUACGAACUGGUGCCGCCAUCACCCGAUUUCAGACAAUGCGCCUACAACGUCUGUUCCCGGAAAAGAUAGCGGAUAAGCUCAUCUCUUAUGGAAGUUGCCAAAUUCCCACUCUGGGAUUCGUCGCCGAGCGGUACAAGGAGAUUGAGGCCUUUGUAUCCGAGCCAUUUUGGAAGAUUAAGGUUCUGCACACACUUGAUGAUUUAACGGUGGAGUUUAAUUGGGCCCGAAACCGACUAUUCGAUAAGGAAGCUUGUGAAAACUAUCUGCUCCUCUGCCUGGCCGAGCCAGAACCUAGGGCACUCGUGGAGAGCGUUACCGUUAAGCCCAAACACAAAUGGCGACCCACUCCGCUGGAUACAGUGGAAAUGGAAAAGCUUGGCUCAAGAAAACUCAAGCUAUCUGCCAAGGAGACGAUGACUGUAGCCGAAAAACUAUAUAGCAAGGGUUUCAUCAGCUAUCCCCGUACGGAAACCAACCAGUUCUCCAAGGAGUUCGCUCUAGCGCCACUAGUUGAAAUGCAAACGGGUCAUCGUGACUGGGGAGCAUUUGCCAAACGGGUGAUUGAGUGGGGACCAAAUCCUCGGAACGGUAAUAAGUCAGAUCAGGCCCAUCCUCCCAUUCAUCCCACAAAGUUGGCAGAAAACCUGCAGGGAAACGAGGCGCGAGUGUACGAACUGGUCGUCCGUCACUUCCUCGCCUGCGUCAGUAAAGACGCCGUCGGCUCUGAAACCCUUGUCCAUAUCGAUAUUGCCGGUGAGAAGUUCACGGCCAAUGGUCUGGUUAUUCACGAGCGAAACUACCUGGAUGUUUAUGUUUAUGACAAGUGGAGUGCAAAGCAGAUCCAUCACUAUGAAAACGGGCAGCGUUUUGAGCCAACGGAAGUGUCACUCCACGAAGGUGCCACCACUGCCCCGCCCCUGCUGACUGAAGCGGAUCUGAUUGCACUUAUGGAAAAGCAUGGGAUUGGUACAGAUGCCACGCAUGCUGAGCACAUUAAUACGAUCAAGGAACGCGGCUACAUUGGGGUGCUGGACAAGGGCUUUUUGGUACCUGGAGUUAUAGGAAUGGGACUAUAUGAGGGAUACGAUGCCAUGGAACUGACUCUUGCAAAGCCAAGACUUCGUGCUGAGUUUGAAUCAGACCUGAAACUAAUUUGUCAGGGGCAGAAAGAUCCCAAGAUGGUCCUGACAGAACAGAUCGCCAAGUAUAAGCAGUCCUACCAGCAGAUUACCGAAAAGAUUACCGCCAUGGACGCGAAGAUAUCGGCUCGCAUCAAUGAGACACCAACGGCGAAUUCUUCGGGUCAGGUAGGAGAAGAUGGAGGUGGUCCAAGUCAAGGCACUAUGCAAUCGAUCUUCCAGUGCCCAAAGUGCAAUGAGGCUCCUCUGGCGCUCAAGUCAAAGAAGAACCAGCAGGGCUGGUAUAUUGGCUGCAAUAACUUUCCCGACUGCAAAAACGUAGUCUGGCUUCCGACAGAGUGCAAGGACGUUUCCGUGCUGAGCGAGUGCUGUCCCACCUGUGGCGAUGGAUACAGAAUGCUCAAGUUCCGUCUGAGCACGCCAUACUAUUGCGGGGUUUUCAAUACGCCCCACGGUUGGUACAAGACCUGCUUGCCCUGCGAUAAUCUAUUUCGCACCACGUUCAACAUUAAUUUGGAUUCGGUUAAGAAAGUGGGUGGCAUUGUAGGUGAGGUGGGAGGUGGAGGAUGGGAUCCAGGACCAGGACCUGGAGGCGGGGGCUCUGGCGGAGGAGGCGGCUCUGGAGGAUGGGGCAGCGGACCUGGUGGUGCUAGUUUGGGCAGGGGAGGCCAUACCUUGGUAUCUGAAACUAGUCGCGGGAACCCUCCAACAGAAAGAGGAAAGAAACCUAACAGCGAAUCUAAAAAACCAGAUACUAAAAAACCUCCAAUUGAGCCAAAGCCGAAAAAGACGAAAGAGCCAAAAACAACUGCCAAGAAAAAUGCAAGCAGCAAAUCGUCUGGCAACAUACGCAGCUACUUCACAACUGCAGCGACUACGAAUUCCACUAAUGGACUAGAUGAAUUUUUCGAUAGUAACGAUGGCUUUGAGGACGCCAUGUUGGCUGCUGCUGAAUUCGUGGAAUCGAGUACAAGCCAACCCAAAACCACCAGUAUGGUCCCUCUGGAUGACGACAUUGCUGCCGCGUUUGCUGCGGAAGAUGAUGCUGAAUUUGAGGCGUUGGUCAACGGCGCAACCAUGCAGGCUAACUCUAAUCUGGACCUGGACAAAAGCCUUUCGGAAUGGGUACAAGAGCAAAACAAAGCGGAGGAGAUGCCCAUGCUUUGGGGAACUCGGGACCGAGCGUCGUUCAGUAAUGCUGCUCCCACUCCUCCUCCGAAACCGGCAGCUAAACGACCGAGAUGGGACAGUGCAGAAUGGGAUACCACACCACCCUCUUCGGCUCCUGAGCCAGGAACAGUGCUGUGUACCGGAUGUCAGCAGCCAGCUCGCCAGAACACUGUUCGUAAGAAUGGGCCCAACCUAGGCCGGCAGUUCUACAAGUGUCCCAAAGCGGAUGAAUGUAACUUCUUUCAGUGGGCUGAUGAGCCAUCGUCGUCCGCCAAAAGCAAGAAUUCCUCUGGCAGUGCCCAACCAAGUACCACCACCUGGGGUUCCAAUCGAGUGGUUACACUGCCUAGCAUUCAGCAUAGCAACUCACAGCGUGGCCAAUCAUCUACACGAUCAAACUCGAGUAGUACUGUCACUAUUACUCAAACGAAAAAUAAACAGCAGGAGAGGAAUACCCCGACUGCAGUCGACGGAGAGGAGGUUAAAUGCAACUGUGGGCAGUUGGCUAGCAAGCUGACGGUCCGAAAAGACGGACCAAACCAGGGUAGACCCUUUUAUGCCUGUCCUACGCGGGAAAAGUCAUGCGGUUUCUUUAAAUGGGGAGAUGAGGACCAAAACCACAGUGUUAGCAGCGCGUCUUGGGGGUCGGCUAUACGGAAUCCCCCUGGACGCAGUCAUCCCACAGCUUCUACGUCUGACGGUCAUAAGACGCGAAAAUGUGGUCUUUGUCGCAAGGAGGGACACGUCAGAACCAAGUGUCCACGCAAGAAUGAUUUUGAUAUGUAGUAGAAGAACACGGAAAUUAUCACAGAAACGAUAAGGGAAGAUGUAUUCGUAUGUACAUUGUAUAAAGUGAAAAUAAAAAAAAUUGUUGCUUUUGAA